GUUUCAAAUGUCCUGCCCCUCCAUACACUUUACAAUUUCCUCUCGGUCGUUGCACAGUUGUCCAAAGAACUCAACGACGAUAACUCUGGUGGCUGGAAACACUGCACCGAUAACACCGUCUCUUGUCAGCGAACAUGGCGGACGAUCUGCAAGCCGAACACACCCCAGGGUUUAAGGUGGGGGAGAAGAAGACGUUGGAGGAAUAUCAGAAACUGGACCAAACCGACGAUGCCAUGAAACGAUGGAAAGAAUCACUCGGCCUAGGCUCCGGCACGAUGAUCGGCGACCCAAACGACCCACGUACAUGCAUCAUUAAAUCUCUUGCCUUGGAAGUCGAAGGCCGACCAGAUAUAACCAUCGAUCUGACUCAACCCGGCGCCCUCGAAACUCUUAACAAACACCCAUUCACGAUCAAAGAAGGCUGCAAGUACCGCAUGAAGGCCAUCUUCACUGUGCACCACCAGGUCCUUUCCGGCCUCAAGUACAUCCAAGUUGUCAAGCGAAAAGGUAUCCGUGUCAGCAAGGACCAGGAGAUGAUUGGCAGUUUUGCGCCCAACACCACUGAUAAGCCCACAUAUGAAAAGAAGUUCACCGAAGAAGAGGCUCCUUCCGGCAUGCUGGCUCGUGGCCAUUACGAGGCAAGCACCAGAUUUGCGGAUGACGACGACCAUACACAUCUCGAGUUCCACUGGUCCUUCGAUAUUUCCAAGGACUGGAAGUGAUCGGGGAGUCGCCUUUUAGGGCACCAAAUCCAUUUUUCAGCAUAGCCGGCUUGGAACUGAAGCUUGUGUCAUGCUGAUGAUCCAUGCCCUCGAGCCUUCAGCAAUCGAGAGUUAUGUCGACCACGAAUUUGUCGCAACGGGCUUGAGAGAUUUUGCUGUGCGUGAUGCCUUAGAGCCUUCAAUAUCACCGAACGAUUCAGAUGAUCCAAAUACUAGAGAAAGUACUCAAUGUGAGAGCCUUGACCAUC